UGACCAGGCUCCACCCACGAAUUCUGUUUUCUUUUAGAGGUCACUGGAAAGCCCGGUGGGGUGUAAGUACACUGUGCUUAUAAAACUCUAGCAGGAAGCUAGCAGCUGUCUCCAAACCCAGAGAAGGGGAAACAGGAAUCGAUUAGGAAUAAAGGAUUAUAAUCAACUUUCCUUCUGAGGAAACGCUGGGAACCUUCUCAUGUUGCUUCAUGAAAACUAAGCUGAAUCGACUGCUGCCAAACAUCUAUUAAUUAGGCAAAAUAGGCCUCUUGCCCCUGCUUUGACUUUCCAGCACAGCCCGUUCUUUUUCUCCUCUGCAGCUGAUUGGCUCUGGAGUGUGGCCAGAAGCCUCUCCCCGGCAAUUAAAGGAGUCAGGUCUCUAACUGUUGAUCUGUUUGGUUUUUUUUUUUUCCCUCCUUCUGAGCAAUGGAGCUUACCAUCUUUAUCCUGAGACUGGCCAUCUACAUCCUGGCAUUUCCCAUAUACCUGCUGAAUUUUCUGGGCUUGUGGAGCCCGAUAUGCAAAAAAUGCUUCCCCUACUUCUUGGCGAGGUUCACUGUGACGUACAACGAACAGAUGGCAAGCAAGAAGCGGGAGCUCUUCGGCAACCUGCAGGAGUUUGCGGGCCCCUCCGGGAAGCUCUCCCUGCUGGAGGUGGGCUGUGGCACGGGGGCCAACUUCAGGUUCUACCCACCUGGGUGCAGGGUGACCUGUAUUGACCCCAACCCCAACUUUGAGAAGUUUUUGAUCAAGAGCAUGGCAGAGAACCGACACCUGCAGUUUGAGCGUUUUGUGAUAGCUGCCGGGGAGAACAUGCACCAGGUGGCCGAUGGCUCUGUGGACGUGGUGGUCUGCACCCUGGUGCUGUGCUCUGUGAAGAACCAGGAGCAGAUUCUCCGCGAGGUGUGCAGAGUGCUGAGACGGGGAGGGGCUUUUUAUUUCAUGGAGCAUGUGGCAGCUGAGCGUUCAACUUGGAAUUCCUUCUGGCAACAAGUCCUGGAUCCUUUCUGGCCCCUUCUGUUCGACGGGUGCAGCCUGACCAGAGAGAGCUGGAAGACCCUGGAGCGAGCCGGCUUCUCUAAACUGAAGCUGCAGCACAUCCAGGCCCCACUGUCCUGGGAGUUGGUGCGCCCUCAUAUCUAUGGAUAUGCUGUGAAAUAGUGUGAGCUGGCAGCUAAGAGCUGAAUGGCUCAAAGAAUUUAAAGCUUCAGUUUUACAUUUAAAAUGCUAAGUGGGAGAAGAGAAACUGUUUUUUUUUGGGGGGGGGUUGUGUUUUUGGUUUUUUUUUUUUUUUUUGGCGGGGAGACGGUUUUGCUCUUGUUGCCCAGGCUGGAGUGCAAUGGCUUGAUCUCUGCUCACUGCAACUUCCGCCUCUGGGUUUAAGCGAUUCUCCUGCCUCAGCCUCCCUAGUAGCUGGGAUUACAGGCGCCCACCACCAUGCCCAGCUAAUUUGUAUUUUUAGUACAGACAGGGUUUCACUAUGUUGGCCAGGCUGGUCUUGAACUCCUGAUCUCAGGCGAUCCACCCGCCUCAACCUCCCAAAGUGCAGGGAUGACAGGCGUGAGCCACCGCACCCGGCUCAAGGUUUUUGUGUUUUGUUUUGUUUUUGAGACGGAGUUUUCGCUCUUGUUGCCCAGGCUGGAGCGCAAUGCUGCAAUCUUGGCUCACCACAACCUCCACCUCCCGGGUUCAAGCGAUUCUCCUGCCUCAGCCUCCCAAGUAGCUGGGAUUACAGGCAUGCGUCACCACACCGGCUAACUGUGUAUUUUUAGUAGAGACGGGGUUUCCCCAUGUUAGUCUACUCUUGAACUCCUGACCUCAGGUGAUCUGCCUGCCUCAGCCUCCCAAAGUGCUGUGAUUACAGAGGUAACCUACCACGCCCAGCCUGAAACCUUUUUUAGGUAAAGUUGAAUUCCGUCCUUAAAAGUUUCUGUUAUAUCCUAUUUAGCCAUUUUCUAUUGUCUCCCAAAGAAUUCACAUCAAAAAAACGGCUUUGAACUCCCCCUUCAAAGGAAACAGUCGACUUUCAUAAUUAGCAUCUACCAUUCUCCCCAAAUCUUAUUUUAUUCAUUGGCUUGAAAUUUUUUCCAAUUGCUUUUUUUUUUUUUUUUUAAGGUUAAGAGCAGAGGUUUACUAGGCAAAAGAAAGAGAAUAGCUCUCUGCUGCAGAGAGGGGUCCUGGAGAAAUGGGUUACCCCAGUUGUCUUAUUUAAAUAGUUACCUAUCAGAUUUUAAUUUCAUCUUCUCUUUGAGAGCUUGGUGAUAAGCAGCACUUACAUCACUCAAAAGAAGACUUUGAAAAGGGAGCGGUGAAAAGGUCUCAAUCAUUGAUUGAUUGAAUUAAGAAAUACUAGCUAAUUAAAAGUCCAAGUCUAAACAGCACAGAUUUUUUCUUUUUGCUUUUAAAUUGUGUUUUAAAAAUAGAGAUGGGGGCUGGGCAUGGUGGCUCAUGCCUGUAAUCCUAGCACUUUGGGAGGCCGAGGCGGGCGGAUCUCGAGGUCAGGAGUUCAAGACCAGCCUGGCCAACAUGGCGAAACCCCUUCUCUAUUAAAGAUACAAAAAAAAAAAAAUUAGCCAGGCAUGGUGGUGGGUGCUUAUAAUUCCAGGUACUUGGAAGGCUGAGGCAGGAGAAUUGCUUGAACCCAGAAGGCAGGGGUUGCAGUGAACCGAGAUCAUGCCAUUGUACUCUAGCCUGGGCGACAAGAGCAAGACUCUGUCUAAAAAAAAAAAAAAAAAAUAGUAGAGACAGGGUCUCACUAUGUUGCCUAGGCUGGUCUUGAACUCCUGGGCUCAAGUGAUUCUCCCACCUUGACCUCCCAAAUUGCUGGGAUUACAGGCUUGAGACACUGCACCUGGCCAAAAUAGCUCAAGUUUCUGAAAAACAAAUCUGAACCUAUUUGUUAUUCUUAGCAUCACUAGUCUGGCUUUCAGAAUUAACAUACAAGGUUGCCACUAGUUCUGCCCAGCUUUAUGUCUUUUAUUCCAGUAUUCCACCAAAGUUUGUUUUCUUGCAUUCCAGUUCUAAAGUCUUAAGAUAAAGAUUUUACUUGAUACUUUAGUAUAUCCAUGAAACUAUUUGAGGUUAAGGUUCUUGGGUUCAUUUUCCUUAUUAUAUUUUCCUUAAUACUUUGCCGAAUAUUGUAGAUUGUAGGCAAUGAAAAAGCCCAGUAUAAUUAGGAAAACCUUGAAUAAUUAGGUGUCCUAGGUAAGAGUCCCUAAACAUCAAGCAAUCUGUGAGUCUGUAAAGAAAUAAACAAAUUUUUUUUGGAUUAUUCUUAUCUAAUUCCACCCGUUUGAAGAUGAUUUCUUUGUUCUUUGCAACUAUGGAAGCUGUGAAAAUCAUCACAAGUGCCUCUGAAAGCAAGUGUUAGGUUGGUUAGAGGGUUUAAUAUUUUCUGCAAUGGUUUGUAUGAAUUUUAAUGAAUGUAGUAUAUUUUCUAAAAGUAAAUGAGAUGAUUUUGUAAAAAAAAAAAUGAGAUGAUUUUUGUAAAGUAUUAUUUUAAAUAUCAGAUCAACCAAUAAAUUCACAUUUGUUAGAAACAGAAA